AUGAAUUUCCUGAGGCAAACAUUCAAUGUUACGAAACAAUUGACUACGCAAGUCAUAAAUAAUUCCAUGCAACAAAUGAGAGAAAUGGCCUCAUUGUCUCAAAUGCAUCGUACCGGACCCCAUGUUAAGAUACGUCCUCCCCGCCAACCUCUGGAUGGUAAACCAUUUGCCAAAGGCGUUGUUCUGAAGACACUUAUCAAGAAGCCGAAGAAACCCAAUUCGGCCAAUCGCAAGUGUGUAUUGGUGCGAUUGUCUACAGGAAAGGAAAUGGUAGCAUAUGUUCCCGGCAUCGGUCACAACUUGCAAGAACAUAACAUAGUUUUAUGUCGCGUGGGUCGAGUUCAAGAUGUACCCGGUGUAAAACUAAAAUGUGUUCGUGGAGUUUACGAUUUAAAUCAUGUUAUUAAGAACAAAUAA